GUUUUAAUUUAAGUCAAACUGCGUAAAGAAAUAGAUUAUUGAAGCAUUUUUGUAUUGUUUUCUUCAGAAUAGUUGUAUUAUUGGUGAUACAAAGUUGUUUAUCACCGAUAGUUAACAUUUUUGUUUACAUUUGGUGUUGUUGAUUUGCUGGUUUGGUUCAACGUAUCUACCUACUCCCUUAGUAUUUUCUCUACUAUCGAUGUAGGUAUAUAGUUUAUAGCUAACUUGGGUAAAUGUGAUGUACUAAAAUUAAUAAUGAAUAGUUCAACCAUGGCAAUGAAAGAAUGGGUAAGAAGGAUGCAACCUUUUCAGCUGUACGUGGUACUAGGCUUGACCAUCGCCUUUUUCUUAUUAGAACUAAUUGUAAGUCACCUCACUCAUGCUCUGACACUAUUAAUGGACUCUUACCACACUUUGUGUAAUAUUAUGGCAUUGGGAGGAUGUAUUUUAACUAUUAAGUAUGGAAAAGAUACUCCGAAACAAGUAUUCGAAAUGAAAAAGGCACCAAGCGAAAGCGAAAGUAUAGGAGAAGAGUUAACAUCCAACCCGGCCAAGUGCCAUGACCAUAAGAAGACGAAAGCGUCCGUAACCAGGUCCAACCAAGAAAAGAAGCUAAAAAAUACAUUUGGCUGGGCCAGAACUGAUGUCAUAUUUAUGUUAAUAUGUUGUGUGUUCUUAGCUUCGUUAAGUUUUUCUAUUUUUGUUGAAGCAUGUCAGACAUUGGUUCAUAUCGACCAUCAUGACGAGAUGCAUCAUUCCAUAUCUGUUUUAUGUUUAGGAGCAUGUGGUUUAUUACUCAACGGAGUAUGCUACCUGUUGAUUGGUGGAUAUACAUUCCACCAAGGAAGUUUUCUUUAUGUAACAGAAAGCGGAAAUGUAGUUUUAAGUAAAAUAGUAGUUGACCAGUCUUUGCAGCAAGGCGCAAGACGAUUAUCCAGAAGCAAAACUAUCCAUCCUAUGAUCGGCCAUCAAAAACAAAGGCAGGGAUUUUGGGAAAUGGCCAGAGAUGUAAACGGUUGUAUUUUGGUUGUAAUAUGCGCUCUCCUAGUAUAUUUUACUGACAAAGAUACUGCAAAAUAUAUAGAUCCUAUCAUGGCGAUAAUAUCUUCAACUUUGAUAAUGUUCUUAAGUUAUCCAUAUAUGAAAGAAAGCUGCCUGAUUCUUCUACAGACUAUGCCUGACACGAUAGACAUCGACACACUGAAGAUCCAGUUAUUGAAUCACUUUCCAGAUAUUGUAAAUAUCCAUGACUUUCAUAUAUGGCAACUUACUGCCCAUAGAGUAAUAUCUACUGUACAUAUUAUUUUCCAAAACCCUAAGGUUUAUAAACAACUUAUAGAAGAAGUCAAGGAAUUCUUUAACGAUUAUGGUAUAACUCAAGUAACAAUCCAACCCGAAUUCUUUAAGAAGAAUGCCAGUAUGGAUAGCUUGAAUUCGAAAUAUGCUCCCAACUGUUUAGUAGCAUGUCUUGAAGACGGAUGCAAAGAUAAUCACUGUUGUCCAAGUUACAAAGACAAGAGUAUUACAAAGUCACAUUCAAAAGAAGUAAUACCUGGUAACACAACACCUGACUUAAAAUCCGUCAAAAUUUUAAACGACGAGCUGGCCCACCUUCAUAACGGCAGUGUUAGUAACAUUAAUUUAAAUCUUCCAGCUGAGAACAAACAAUCGACUCCAGUCCAUAAUUGUGAUUCUAAUGUGACCUCAAUACCACAACUUCCAACAGAACAGAAACAGCAAGACACUACAACCUCCUCCGAAGAUUCACUGAGCGCGUCAAAGAACGAAUCAAUAUCAGAAAGUGAGAAUAAAGUGACGAGUACAACGAGCAUACCUUUAGAAAUAGCAAAUGAAGACACUGGUGAUAAUUCAACCAAAGAUAGUAAUAGUAAAAUAAUUUGUAAUGACGUAACUUCUAAAGAAGAAGAAACAGGUGCAAAUAGCGAAGUAAAGGAAGUAAUAACUGACUUAAAUACAGUUGACUAAGAUGAAUUCUAAUAUUAGACGUAAUAUGUUUGUUUAAACAUUUAUGUUUUUAUAUAUCUAAAGUUGCAAAGUUUUAAGAGCAGUAAGAGGAGAAUACCAACAAACAAAUAAAAAUUUAAUCUUAAAGAAUAAAUUAAUUUAUAAUUGAAUUUACUUAGGCUGUAGUCUCCAAUAAAUGCCGUAGGUUACGUACAGCGUCAAGCCAGACGUUGCAUACAGCCUUUGUCAGUCACCGGCAACUUCACGUAGUCAAUACAAAACAUAGGCCAUGAUUAUUAAUAAAGACCGUAGGUCGCGUCCAGAGUCAGCUGCGGUCGCCAACAAAUGCCGUAGGUUGGGUACAGCGUUUAUCGAUCGCCGGCAACAACAUUCCGAUCGUUUUCGUUACCAGUUAAGUGCGAUAUUUCAACUUUUGAUAAGCAAUUCCUCUUGCUCUUUUUUACUACUUGUUUUACUCAUUUCGCUAGGUUAAAACCUUUUUUUGACUGAGGUGGAACGCUCUUAGCUGACUAGGGAAGAUGGGAAGAUGUCCCUAGUACUGUUGGACUCGGACAGGAGAGGAGAACACGCCAGGACACACAGACCAGAGUAUGGUCCAUGCGUCCCGCGUGCCCCCCAUAACCAGCCGCGAACCAACUAAAACCACCCCCUCUUCCGACACGGAAUAUCCCUGAAAGUGUUCAGCGGAUGAACGAACAUGGGGAUAUUCCGCGCAGUCUAAAAAAGAUGUCUGAAGAUAUCUUACGUGUUAAAAAAUCCUUUUAUGCUUGCCUAGAAGCGGCAGGCACAUAGCAGGAAGUCUGUAUCUGAAGAUUGAAUAAUUGUACCCAAAGCACCUGCCUAAAAUAGUUUGUGGAAUAGGUCCUGGCUCAAAAGUUACACCCGAGUAGCGGAGAAACUUAGCUAGAAGUGUUAUGAUCGUAUCUAUGGUCCUGGAUCAGGGAUUACUCUCAAGGGGGAGAAAAAUUUUCUUUAGAAAAGACAAUUAAGUUGUGGGAAAUCUGUAUUGGACCACCAUAAUAAUUUUUUUUGUUGUUAUAUAUUUUUUUUAUAUAUUUUUACAUUUUUAUAUUAUGCCCUUUUGUAAUGGUCUGGAGUGACCCACCUCAAUCAUUUUGCUCCAGCAUUUUCAUUAGAGACUUACGCUUCAUUAUUUUUGUUAUAAUAUCAAUAAUGGUUUCGAAGUUGCUCUUACUGCUAGUCUAUAUUCGCAGAAAAUUGUCAGGUCCAAUGUCUCCUAGCCUAUUUCUCAGGGUACCCUGCUCACGGGCGAAAACAUUGCAUCUAAAGAUACAAUGUUCUGCAUCCUCCCUCACGUGGCAGGUUUGACACGUGUCAUCGUUUGAUUUCCCGAUUGUGAAAGUGAAUGAUCUGAAGGACCCAUGUCCUGUUAUAAAUUGUGUAAAAUAAUAAUUGACACGCUUGAACUUGCAGUCGUACCACGUCCCAACAUCUGGGAUCAGUCUCUUAGUCCACUGGGCUUUCGUGUUCUCUGCCUCCCAUUCCCUUUGCCAAUCUUCUAUGAUCCGCUCGCGUGCGGUCGACCUCACUUCCGGUACCUGAUCAUUGCCGUUUUCGUAUAAUAAUUGGCGUUCCUUGGCUAAUAGAUAGGGGCCGCGCCCGCUAUCAUCUGCAGGGCCUUGGUAGAAGUAGUUUUAUAUGCACUAUGUAGUGACUUUCAACAGAGGUUUAAACCUGUACCAGCCGUACGUUGCAAUGGCCGAAAAUAACUAAAGACGCUGCUUCCAACAUUUGAAGUCGUUCAUAGUAGAUAGACACUGCGUUCAGCAUCUAAUAGAUACCGUAUCCAUUAUUUACUGUAUAUAGCCUAUCGGGGGGCGCGCCUGCUAUCACCUGCAGGGCCUUGGUAGAAGUAAUUUUAUAUGCACUAUGUAGUGACUUUCAACAGAGGUUUAAACCUGUACCAGCCGUACGUUGCAAUGCUCGAAAAUAACUAAAGACGCUGCUUCCAACAUUUGAAGUCGUUCAUAGUAGAUAGACACUGCGUUCAGCAUCCAAUAGAUACCGUAUCCAUUAUUUACUGUAUAUAGCCUACAUACGCAAUCUACUGCGUGGCAGUGUAGGCAGCGUACGGCGUUUAUUGGUGAUAACCGUAUGUGAAGCCGUGUAUAGCAGUUUGAUGCUACGUUCGGAGUACGAUAAUAGACCGCAACUAUUAUUUAUUGUAUUAAGCGUACAGACGGGACCUACGGCGUGACUCUGUAUGCAAGCUACGGCAUUUAUUGGAGACCACAUUCUUAGCUUUAAGUAGUCAGCUCAAAAGCUCAAUGGGCUGGCGAAAUCACUUUGUUGUGAGUAGUUUAGUUUGGGACACAUGAUUAGAGGGGUCUGCCCCAAAAUCCCGACAACCAAAAUCCCGAAAGCCAGAAUCCCGACAGGCCAAAAUCCCGACACGCCAGAAUCCCGACAGGUUUGAUAAGUUCCUUUUUAACAUAAAUUACAUUUAUUUCUGGUUUUUUGUUUAUGGCCAUCUGUUUUUUAUUUUUUAUUACUAAACAAAAGUAUUUACCAUUUAAUAUGAACUAAUUUUCUACAUAAAAUUUCUAACGUGGGUAUAUGAAUUAAAUUAUUUUUUUUUGCCAAUAUAUAGUCCAAUAAUAUAUGUAUAAUCAAAUCCUGAAUUCAAGUUUACUUUCAUAUAAUAGAUAUUAUCAUGUCACUUACAACCUUCCAUUUCAGUAAGUAUAGCUUUUAUAUUAUAAAAUGAACUGUUUAAUGAUUUUUUAUUUUAAAAUACAUAAUAAUUAGUACCCGUACUCAUUAGUAAGUAAUUCAUUUUUCAAUUUCAAUACUACAAUAUAAUUUGGUAUUGCAUUUGAAAAGGAAACAAUAAAUAUUCAAAAUGUACGGGAUUUUUGCUUAUGCGGGGAUUGUUACAUGUCGGGAUUUUGGCCUGUCGGGAUUCUGGCGUGUCGGGAUUCUGGCGUGUCGGGAUUUUGGCUGUCGGGAUUUUGGUUGUCGGGAUUUUGGGCGCCACCGGAUUAGAGCUACACCUCAGACAAUUUUUGAAUAUAAUAAAGUAACCUUAAUAACACACGAACUUCCAGUGAGUAUUCAUAGGACGUC